UCACAGCAUUUAACCAUGCAGCCACACAACUCAUCACACAGCUCGCUCAGUGCUCCAGUCUCAACUGAAGAUCUGAUUGCCAGUACUGUGCUGUCAGUUUGCUUUAUACUAGGAGUCCCUGCUAACAUAGCAGUAAUAGUACGUCUUGCUGGAUGGAUAAAGGGAGGCAGUUUUACCCCGAGACUCAUGCUAAGCCUGGCCAUAUCAGAUCUGCUCACUUUGCUUUUUCUGCCGUUUUGGAUUUGGGCUCUUUUUCAUGGCUGGGCUGUUGGUUUGGUCCUGUGUAAGCUUUUCUCCUAUUUGGUGUACUUAAGUAUCUACUGCAGCAUACUGUGUGUUAUGUUGAUGAGUGUCCAGCGAUACUUGCAAGUUUUGAAUACUGAGAAAUGGAACAAACUUGGCAGUAAUGAAAAGAAGAUUCUUCUGAGUGGGAUGUGGAUAUUAAGUGCAGUAUUAUCUUGCUAUGCUCCCGUACAGCGCACUGUAACCCAAGACAGCCAAGGACGGCUUCAGUGCAAGCGAUGCUAUAAAAAUGAUGUGGAAAGAGUGGCUACUUUAGUUUGGGAGAUUACAGCUUUUGUACUUCUGUCCUGCACAGUGACUUACUUCUACUUUCAUCUUUACCGAGGAGUUAAUAACUCAGCUUUCUUCAGAAGUAACUCAUUGACAAAGCUGGUGAUCAGAAUUAUUGCAUGUUUCUUUAUUUUUUGGAUCCCGUUUCACAUCUCCAACAUUGUAAUCAUUAUUGCAGCAUUGCUAGGGAAAAAUAAUCUGUUAAAAUCAGCAGACUCUGGUGACAAUAUUACUUCAGCUCUGAUUUUUAUUAAUAGUUGUUUUAACCCCUUCCUGUAUGCCUUCUCUGCUCGGGCUCUACGACAACAAGCAACUGGAACAGAAAAUGCUUAG